AUGGAUGAUUUAUCGUAUUCCACCGAGAACGAAGAAUCCGAAGAUACCGAACCGCCAUCAGAAGUGCCAGAAUUACCAGAAGAACCACAAGUACAGGAAACGCCAGAGAUCCCGCAAGCUCCGGAUAGCUCAGGAAUACCAGAAACGCCAUCCAUACCAGAAGAACCUCGGAUACCGGAACCGCAAAUACCAGAUGAGGAAGAAACUGAAGAGCCAUAUAUAACCGUAACACAGCAUAUACCGGGCAGUACUUAUCCGAUAGCCCCUCAUCUACCAGGUGUGCCGUACUUUGCGGUACCAUAUAUUCCUGGGCCGCAACCAGAAGUUACACACACGGGAUUUCCGCAAAUACCACCACAUUAUCCACCUAGCUAUCAAACUCCGCCCGGGUAUCCGCAACCGCAUCCCGGAUACCCGCAACCGCCACCGGGAUAUCCGCAACCUCCACCGAGCAAUCCGCAGCCACCGCAAGGCUAUCCACAGACUCCGCCAGGCUACCCUCAAUUACCACCUGGUUUUCCGAUUCCGCCCGGAUAUCAGUUGCCACCUGGAUUUGCAUUACCGCCGGGGUACCCGCAUUUACUACCCGGCUAUCCACAACUACCGUCAGGAUAUUCGCAUUUUCCGGACGUGGUCACAGACUACAAACCACCUAUCUUUGCACCACCAAUCAACGACUCCGGAAAUAUCUAUAUCAGAUAUUUAACACGUAAGUUCAUCAGCAGAUGA